AUGUCUAUGAUCCCCAACGAUAUUCCAGAACCGAAGAAAGGCUUGAUAUCAAGACCUGAAUCUACAUUACCUACACCGGUAUUAUCACCUUCAAAUUCAAUUGGACCUUCACCUGCUUUUUCAACCGUUCUUCAAUCUCCUGCUGUAUCAGAAUUCGAAUUGGAACAAGAACAAAAUCCAUUUGAUAAGAUUGAUGAUGGUUGGAGAAUACCUGAAUGUUGGGGUCAUAGAGGUGCUUCAGCUUCUUUCCCCGAGAACACCAAAGCAUCUUUCGUAGAAGCUUGUAAAGCCGGUGCCGACGGUAUCGAGACAGACAUUCACAUAACAGCUGAUAACCAGCUUGUCUUGUUCCACGAUCCUGAGUUACACAGAACUACAGACGGACAAGGUUUGAUCCAUAAACUCCCUUGGAAAGGUGUUUUAGAACAUGUACGAACAACUAAAGCGCCUCAUCAACCUAUUCCCAAAUUCACUGAAGUACUGGAAAUCCUCUUAAAACCUGAAAACAUUAAUGUCAAACUCAAUAUCGACUGCAAAGUCGAAAACGAUCCAGCGAAAUUAUUCGGUCUGAUCAAGGACGUAGUGGAGAGUUACAAUGGCUGGGAAACGAAGUUGGCUCCUAGAUUGAUCUUGGGCAUUUGGCAUCCCAAAUUCAUAGCACCGGCUUGUUCGAUCUUACCUUACCUACCUCGAUAUGCGAUUUCGAUGUCACUUUCACAAACCAGAAAAUACUUUUUCGAAAACUGUCAUGGAUUCUCAAUUAUGUAUGAGGUUUUAGCUUCUUCUGAUGGAGCUAAAUUCAGGAAAGAAUGUCAGUCCAAGGGUAAAUGGAUUUGCGCUUGGACGGUCAAUGAAAAAGAAGAGAUGAGGCAAUGUGGUAGAUGGGGUAUAAGAAGUGUUAUCAGUGAUAAACCUGAUGUGUGGAGGAGAAUAAGGAAAGAGAUCGAAAGUGACAGAGCUAAAGCACUCAAACCCACUCUACAAUCUUACAUCUUACCUUUCCUGCAAACCAAGAACUAUUGGUUCCAAUAUCAACGACUCGCCAAUGAAGAGACGGAAUACCUUGAAAGAGAAGGUGGUACUUUUGAUAUCCCCAUUCCGGUAGUGUCCCUGGGUAUCGCCAAACCCUCUGAUUCUAUGUAA